AUGUCACGUCUGUGUUGCCUGGUAAUUUGGUCCGUAAAUCAACACUUGUCGGGCACGGCACCAUAUGUGACCUACCACAGCACGGCAUCAUAUGUGACCUACCACAGCACGCCACCAUAUGUGACCUACCACAGCACGGCACCAUACACGUGGCCUACCACAGCACGCACCAUACACGUGGCCUACCACAGCACGGCCUCAUAUGUGGCCUACCACAGCACGCCACCAUAUGUGGCCUACCACAGCACGCCACCAUAUGUGGCCUACCACAGCACGCCACCAUAUGUGGCCUACCACAGCACGGCACCAUAUGUGACCUACCACAGCACGGCCUCAUAUGUGGCCUACCACAGCACGGCCUCAUAUGUGGCCUACCACAGCACGCCACCAUAUGUGGCCUACCACAGCACGCCACCAUAUGUGGCCUACCACAGCACGGCACCAUAUGUGACCUACCACAGCACGGCCUCAUAUGUGACCUACCACAGCACGGCCUCAUAUGUGGCCUACCACAGCACGGCACCAUAUGUGACCUAUCACAGCACGCCACCAUAUGUGGCCUACCACAGCACGCCACCAUAUGUGACCUACCACAGCACGCCACCAUAUGUGACCUACCACAGCACGCCACCAUAUGUGACCUACCACAGCACGCCACCAUAUGUGACCUACCACAGCACGCCACCAUAUGUGACCUACCACAGCACGGCACCAUAUGUGGCCUACCACAGCACGCCACCAUAUGUGGCCUACCACAGCACGGCACCAUAUGUGACCUACCACAGCAUGGCCUCAUAUGUGACCUACCACAGCACGCCACCAUAUGUGACCUACCACAGCACGCCACCAUAUGUGACCUACCACAGCACGCCACCAUAUGUGGCAUACCACAGCACGGCACCAUAUGUGACCUACCACAGCACGCCACCAUAUGUGGCAUACCACAGCACGGCACCAUAUGUGACCUACCACAGCACGGCACCAUACACGUGGCCUACCACAGCACGGCACCAUACACGUGGCCUACCACAGCACGGCACCAUACACGUGGCCUACCACAGCACGGCCUCAUAUGUGGCCUACCACAGUACGGCACCAUAUGUGGCCUACCACAGCACGCCAUCAUAUGUGGCCUACCACAGCACGGCCUCAUAUGUGACCUACCACAGCACGCCACCAUAUGUGACCUACCACAGCACGCCACCAUAUGUGACCUACCUCAGCACGGCACCAUAUGUGACCUACCACAGCACGGCCUCAUAUGUGACCUACCACAGCACGCCACCAUAUGUGACCUACCACAGCACGCCACCAUAUGUGACCUACCACAGCACGCCACCAUAUGUGACCUACCACAGCACGCCACCAUAUGUGACCUACCACAGCACGCCACCAUAUGUGACCUACCACAGCACCAUAUGUGACCUACCACAGCACGCCACCAUAUGUGACCUACCACAGCACGCCACCAUAUGUGACCUACCACAGCACGCCACCAUAUGUGACCUACCACAGCACGCCACCAUAUGUGGCCUACCACAGCACGGCACCAUAUGUGACCUACCACAGCACGCCACCAUAUGUGACCUACCACAGCACGCCACCAUAUGUGGCCUACCACAGCACGGCACCAUAUGUGACCUACCACAGCACGCCACCAUAUGUGACCUACCACAGCACGGCACCAUAUGUGACCUACCACAGCACGCCACCAUAUGUGGCCUACCACAGCACGGCACCAUAUGUGGCAUACCACAGCACGCCACCAUAUGUGACCUACCACAGCACGCCACAGCGCUUCUAGCAAUAAAAAACUAA